GAGCCGCACGCAGUCGCUGUAGCCGAGGACUGCCUCCAAAUUUGCGCUGGGGAAGACAGUGAAUAAAGGAAGAGAGGGAAGGAGUGAUGUCACCUGGGUGUUUCUUCCUCGCGUGGACUGUUUGUUGCCAAAACUGACAUUUUGCAUUUGUUUUUUUGUCAGCUUGCACCUUGAUCCGCGGGAGUGUCGCAGCCUCGUGUUUCCUCUCUUUCCCCUCCGCUUUCAUUGACACCAAGUGUACGCUGACAGCCUCGCUCGCUGCUCCCACAUGUCGCAUCUUUUGUUGACUUUGAGAAGCGCUAAAGUGAAAUAGAGCGCGCGACACUUGGCACGGGUGACAGCGCCUUCAAACGGAGGAGGGGAGAGAGCCAUAAGCGGAGAGUGGAGAGAAAGAGAGCGAGAGAGAGCGAGAAAGAGAGCGAGCGUGAGCGAGAGAGCGACGGCGUGAAGGUGCGUUUUGAUGUUCGGCAUCCACGAGAGCAUCCACAGGAGUGGGAGUAGUAUGAAAGAAGAGCCCAUGGUGGCCGGCAUGAACGCGGUUCGGACAUGGAUGCAAGGUGCCGGAGUGCUGGACGCCAACACAGCCGCCCAGAGCGGAGUGGGUCUGGCCCGGGCACACUUCGAAAAGCAGCCCCCUUCCAACCUGCGCAAAUCCAACUUCUUCCACUUUGUACUGGCUCUCUACGACCGACAGGGUCAGCCCGUGGAGAUCGAGAGAACCACUUUCAUUGAUUUUGUGGAGAAGGAAAAGGAAACGACGGGAGAAAAGACCAACAAUGGGAUCCAUUAUAGACUUCAGCUCCUCUACAGUAACGGAAUCAGGACAGAACAGGACUUAUACGUGCGAUUAAUUGACUCCAUGACCAAACAGGCGAUUAUUUAUGAAGGCCAGGAUAAAAAUCCAGAGAUGUGUCGGGUUCUGCUGACCCACGAGAUCAUGUGCAGUCGAUGCUGCGAUAAGAAGAGUUGCGGAAACCGGAACGAGACCCCAUCAGACCCGGUCAUCAUCGACAGGUUCUUCCUCAAGUUCUUCCUCAAGUGUAACCAGAACUGUCUGAAGAAUGCUGGCAACCCACGAGACAUGCGCCGUUUUCAGGUGGUGGUGUCCACUACGGUGAGCGUGGAGGGUCACGUGCUGGCAGUGUCAGACAACAUGUUUGUGCACAAUAACUCCAAACACGGGCGCAGAGCUCGAAGACUGGACCCGUCGGAAGGCACGCAGUCCUACCUGGAACACGCAACCCCCAGCAUCAAAGCCAUUAGCCCCAGUGAAGGCUGGACCACAGGGGGCGCUACAGUUAUCAUCAUCGGCGACAACUUUUUUGACGGCCUGCAGGUCAUUUUUGGCACCAUGUUGGUUUGGAGCGAGCUGAUUACCCCACAUGCCAUCCGAGUGCAGACUCCACCCAGACACAUCCCGGGGGUGGUAGAGGUCACGCUGUCCUACAAAUCCAAGCAAUUCUGCAAAGGCACACCUGGACGCUUCAUCUACACAGCACUGAACGAGCCGACUAUAGACUACGGCUUCCAGAGGUUACAGAAGGUCAUCCCCAGACACCCUGGAGACCAGGAGAGAUUACCCAAGGAGGUAAUCUUAAAGCGAGCGGCAGACCUGGUGGAAGCCUUGUACGGGAUGCCUCACAACAACCAGGAAAUGAUCCUGAAACGAGCAGCAGACAUCGCAGAGGCCCUCUAUACGACAGUGCCACGAGGGCACAACCAGCUUGCCGGUCUUGGCAGCGGAUCUGUCCACGCGGGCAUGAUGGCCGUAAACUCCUUCACCGGCUCAGAAGUGGCUCAAACGGCCAAUCAGGGUUUCAGUAGGACUACAAGCAGUGUGUCCCCUCAUGGUUAUGUUCCCAGCUCCACUCCCCAGCAGGGUAGCUACAGCUCUGUCUCCACUAGCAUGAAUGGCUACGCUAACUCUGGCAUGGCAACCUUGGGCACCUCGCCCAACUUCCUCAAUGGAUCCGCGGGCAACUCACCGUAUGCUAUCGUCCCGUCCAGCCCCACCAUGGCGUCGUCGACCAGCCUGCCUUCCAACUGCAGCAGCUCUUCCGGCAUCUUCUCCUUCUCCCCUGCUAACAUGGUGUCGGCCGCCGUCAAGCAGAAGAGCGCCUUUGCCCCCGUUGUACGACCCCAAAACUCGCCACCCCCCACAUGCACCAGCGCCACCGCUAACAGCCUGCAAGAUCAGUCUUUUGUGGACUCUAGCAAGUACUCAUCAGCCAGCUCCCUGCAGGGCCUGGCCUUCUCCUGAACAGCGAUUCCGGGGAUGAUUGUUCCACCCAUGUAGAGGAUCUGGAAACGAAGAAUGUUGAAAGGAACAAGAUGCGAAUGCGUGUUGGACUCGGAGCUGAAGUGACGAUAAGAACUCUGUUCAAAACUCAGGCCUUUCCACUCCACUGGGAUUGAGAAGACGGAACCAUUUUUGCCAUGUCAUUUCCCUUUUGGUUGAAUUAGUGUAGCUUGGGAAUUCAUAUUCAUGAGAUGUGUUUUUCUUUAUUUGCCAACUGUAAUGUGCACAAAAAGCAGUGAAGUGUUAAGCUUGCUUGCUAAAAACACACACAAAUAAAACAAAAUUAAAAAGAGCAUAACACCUAGCCUAUUCUAUUUAUGCUGUUUGAAUUCUACUAAAACUGUGACCACGAAGCUUGUCACAGGAGUUUUAAAAACACAAUGUGAUUAUUUAGCCAAAAAGGGUUUGUAAAAACUUGAAAAGUUCGAUGACGUGUGUGUGUCCAGCCAGCACUGUACUGAAGGAGUCAAGCAAAUGUUACAUUAGAAUAAAUGUUUGAUAUAUUUUUGUAUAUAAAAAAAAGUGCAUUUUGGGGUUUUUAUUUCAUUUGGCUUUUUUUUUUUUUUUUUUGCAAUAGCUCUAGUUUGAAAACCGUCUUAAGGCAGCUUCUCCGUACAGAAGAUUUAGAGAUACAACAAGGAUUUGGAUACAAAAAAAGGGGUUUGUGUAAAAUAUCCUAUAAAUACUGUAUUUAUCCCUUGUAUUUGUACAUCACCUUUGUUUAGUUGUGUUGUGAACAUACUUCACCGUGUUUCGUUCCAUGAUUCACUGUCGUCUCUCACUAUUUAAAUGUGACUUCUUUUGGUUUUGUAUGGGACUCACCAACACGCCAUUGUCUAUUUUUGUAUAAGUUAAUAAAACGUGUCUGUUGUUUUUGUUUGUUUCCUUACGAAAAUGUUUAUUGUAUGGCAAAAAGUAGCAUCUUAUUCAGAGUAUUUGGUUGAAGUAGUUUUUUUAAAGACUAUAUACACACAUUAAUAUAUACUGUAAAGAUAUAUCUUUUUGUUUUUUCCAGAUUGAUACUGUUAAUAUGCAUGGGCUCUUCUCUUGAGUGGCACCGUCUUUGUGUGUGCGUGUGUGCGCCUGCGUGUGUGUGUGCGCGUGUGGGUGUGCGUGUGUGUGUGCACACGUUCUUCUUUCUUUCCCCAUGUUAUUUAUUCCCGCUUACAUAUUGUAUCUCAACACUCUUGCUUUCUGUCACUGUAAUCUUUACCAGCAGUCUAGAUGCCUUAACAAUGCAAUCCCAUUCUUCAUUCAAUCAUGUGUACAGUUUUCUAGCCUCGCCACAAUUGUCUCUUUGCCACAGAGGAAUUCAUGGGAACUUGGGGGACAAAGCACAAACGCCACAACACAAAGAGCCAUAAUUCAAAAACGUUUGAAAAUACAACAGCAAUGACUUGCUAUGAGAAAUUCUUUGACCUUAUUGAGUUGUUUAAUUGUAAGUAGCACAGUGAAGCGCUGCCACAGCACAAUCUCAUCAGAGUCCAGACCCAAGUAACCAAUCCCCUGUGUCAUUCACACCACGUCCACUCGACAACGUGGCUUCGUUACAAGCCAAACAGGAGCUCAUUUUUGUCGUCCUUUUUUUACAAUUAUUUUGUGUGCCCGCGUGUGUGUGCGUUCACGCUGUCGCUGGACAGACAGACUGACAGAGAAUGGGGCUUUUCUUUAGGCUUCUCUGGUUUUGUUGUAGAGUAUUUGAAGAGAGAGGCGCCCGCUGACAGACGAGUGUUUUCAGGCACUUGUGUUGUUGUUCUCUGUGAGGGGCCGCGCCAUAUCUGUUUCCCAAACACACCACAGAGGUCUAUUGUCGUACACAAAUGAAUGGCUUUUUUGGAAACUUAGCUCCUUCCCCAUUAUGAUUAUUGGUAAAGUUUUGUACAAGGAAAAUGACAGAUCCAAACCAAAUAGCCAGUGUCUAUUUUUUUCCUUCUGUGUGUGUGUGUGUGUGUAUUUUUUUUUUGUCUUGGACUGCAAAUACACUCAAAAGCUCUAAGAGAAGAAAAAAAUUCUACUGUAUAGGUUGUUAUUGUUUUUGAUGAGCUGUAAGAUAACUUUUGGACUCUCACAAUGUUGAAUUAAAGUUACCUCUUGUCUGUGA